AUGGCCGCCGACAGCUUGACAAUCGAGACGUUUACCGAGUAUGCACUUGGCAUGUGCUUUCUCCUUCUGCGACUUUACGCCAGAAUCAAGUAUGUCGGGCUUCGGUCCCUGGGGAUGAGCGAUGCCCUUGCGAUCAUGGCAAUGAUCUUUUGGACGAUGCAAACCGUUAUCAUCCACCUCCUCAGUAUUUUCGGUAACAAUAUCGGGCUUAACGAGCAGACCGCCAUGCAGGUACCUGAGUCCAAGGUGCCUGAUAUGAUCCUCGGGUCCAAACUCGCGUUCAUGAACUGGAUUUGGUAUCUGUGCUACAUCUGGUGUCUCAAAGGAGUGCUCUUGUGUCUUUACCAUAAGAUGACCGAUGGGACCUCGUGGCAUCGUUUGGUCCACGCGGCUUCGAUCUUCUGUGUCAUCACUUGGUUGGCAUGCAUGCUGACGCAUAUCUGCGUCUGCACCCCCAUCCCUCGAAACUGGCAGAUCAAGCCCUAUGCAGGAGAUAACUGCACUCUUCGGACGCCCAACUACAUAGUGAUCGCGGUCCUCAACGUGGCGUCCGAUCUCGUGUGUCUCAUCAUUCCCAUUCCCGUCCUCGCUAAGCUUCAAAUCCCUCUCGCGCGCAAGCUGGUCCUCGUCGUGCUGUUCUCUUCCGGCCUAUUCAUUAUGAUCUGUACCAUCCUGCGGGCCUACUACUCGCUGAAGAGUAUCUCGACGCUCUCGAUUGCUCUCGGCUGGGCCGAUCGCGAAUGCUUCGUCGCCGCCAUGGUCGCAUCGCUGCCAGGCAUCAAACCGCUCUUCCGAAACACCGGCUGGUUCGGCUCGACGAACCGUGGCAAGUCGUCCGGCAAGCCGACCGGGGCAUAUGCGUCCUUCGGGUCCAAAUACCCCGGCACCAACAAGACGUACGUCUCGUCUUUCGGCAAAGACACGGAUCGUUUCGAGUUGAUCGAGCGCCAGGAGAAGUCCAUGGGAACCCGACAGUCCUCUGCCGGCGACAGCGUUGAGCAAAUCCUGCCUCCGGGUGAACCGCACGAUCCUCAUCGAAUCACUGUGACGAGGGAAUAUAUCCUUGAAGAGGAUCGGGCCAGUCCAGCCCCGGAGCAUAGAUAG